AUGCCGAAUCCCUUCUCCGACUUCAUCUCAGACGUUAAGAAGGCUCCCGAGCAAGCCAGAGCGUACUUCCACCACCAACACUCGGCCUAUCCAGGACAGCAGAGCUAUCCGGGACAGCAGAGCCAACAGCCAUUGACCCCUGUACAGCCACCGAUUCCACAGCGAUCCGUACCAGCUCCAGCAAUGGCUUCUGCGGCGCCCAUUGAUUAUCCCCGUCCCGACUUUGCUCGCAGUGCGCUGCAUUGGGAGAGCCUGAAUGGUCCUUGGGAUUUCCUGUACGACGAUGACGAUGCCGGAGCAAUCUAUGCUUGGCAGAACACUGGUCUCCCCAGUCAUGCUCCAUCUGGCCAAGCGAAACCCAACUCCAACAGGACCAUCCAAGUUCCCUUCGUCUUCCAAUGCCCCGCUUCUGGCAUCAACGAGCGAGGUGUCCACCAAGUCCUCUGGUACGAACGCCGGAUCGAAGACCUCCGCAGCUCGGAGGAGAAGUCAGAGGGCUACCGCUUGUUGCUUCGCUUUGGAGCCGUUGACUAUCACGCCAAAGUCUGGCUCGACGGGCUGUUCGUGGGCGAGCACAGUGGUGGUCAUGUUCCGUUCGAUCUGGAUUUGACCGAUGCAAUGCAGCUCAGCGCUCGUAGCCCCAGCCGGUUGACUAUCAGGGUAUUUGACUCUGCUUUUGACCUUGCUCAGCCUCGAGGCAAACAGUACUGGGGUCCUGAGUAAGUCCACUUCAUUCAUGCUAUUGGGCAGAUGCUAAUCCAUGACAGACCCGAGUCUAUCUUCUAUACCCCAUCUUCUGGCAUCUGGCAGUCCGUCUGGCUCGAAAGUGUGCCAUCAGCUAGGAUUGUGGAUGGCAGCUACGGCACCAUUCUUCGAUCGCAUGACAUCGAAAAGGGUGUCCUCGAUGCCCGCGUCUGCACUUCUGGUCGUCGUGUGGGACAGCCGCUCACAAUCGAAGUCCAGACUAGCAUUGGAGGAGUCGUAGUUGGCACUGGAAGAAAAGAGCUCUCCCGAGAUGAAGACUUUGUCCGCCUCAAUGAAGUCAACAUGCGACUGUCAAAGGAACACUUUGACAUGCUUCCUCAAGAAUUCAAGCAGACAGCUCCACCAGAUGAUCCUCGAUGCUGGCGAAAUGGCAUCGCUCUCUGGUCGCCGGAGUGCCCCUUCCUUUACGACGUCACCAUCCGUCUCUUUGGCCAGGGAGAGCGCAUGCUCGACGAAGUCCGAACAACCACCGGUAUGCGUUCUUUGAACUGGCACGCCGGAGAUGGCACGUUCAGACUCAAUGGUCGUCCGUACUUCCAAGCUCUGCUCUUGGAUCAGGGAUACUGGCCGGAGACGCUCAUGACGCCACCUUCUCCAGAUGCUUUGAGAAAGGAUAUCGUACUCUCCAAAGCCAUGGGCAUCAACGGUUGCCGCAAGCACCAGAAAGUUGAAGAUCCAAUCUUCAUGUACUGGGCCGACCGUCUUGGCUUCCUUGUAUGGGGUGAAAUGGCAAGCCCAUACCACUUUAGCGUUGAGAUGAUGAAACGCUUCGACAAAGAAUGGAUGGAGAUGGUCCGUCGUGAUGUCAACCAUCCUUCGAUCAUCACGUGGACUCCAAUUAACGAGAGCUGGGGAUAUGACAACCUCGGCGGGGACAAGCGCCAGCGUGAUCAUGUUCGAUCGCUUUACUGGACCACAGAGACAUAUGAUCCCACGAGGCCGAUCAAUGACAACUGCGGAUGGGAGCAUGUCAUUACCGACAUUUCCUCCUUCCACGAAUACGCGGACGCUCCGGGCAUGACGGACCGCUGCCGCUCUCUCGAAAAGAUUUUCAACACCGGAAGACCAAUGUGGCUCGGUCCUAUCUACGGCCCUUCUGGAGUCGAAGACGAGGGCUCUAAGCACCAGCGAGGCGCUCCUGUCAUGUGUACCGAGUUUGGAGGUGUCAACAUUGCCAAGUCGAACGACGAUUCUAGGAAGGGCAACUGGGGCUACACCACCGCAUCCGACGCUCAAGACUUGUUGAAGCGCAUCGAAAACCUUGUCAUGGGCACCAUCAGGGAAGGUCACAUCUCCGGCGUUGUCUGGACGCAGUUCAGCGAUAUCGAACAAGAACAGAAUGGUCUAUACACAUAUGAUCGUCAAGAAAAAUUGCCGGCGAGGGAGAUGAAGGCUCUUCUGGAUCGGGCGCAGCAGACUUACUUUGAGAAGCUGAGGAGCCGCUGA